GUUCCUGUUUUGGCUUAGUAAAAGUACGCCAUUACACAAGUUGGACUAUCUGUAACAUCUCUUCCUUCAUAUACAAACAGCAAAAACUCUUUUUUUUUUAUUGUCGCUUUGGCAAAUAAUUCUUCGAAGUCUCCUCUUUUCACUCGUCUCCAUCCAAUUUAUUUGGAGAAUACGUUUAUAAGAAUCUUGGCUACUUGUUAUUUGCAAUGAAAAUGCGACUGAAAUUCGACAACGAAGAACCGAAUGCUUACCGCUGUUGUUUUUGCUGUCACGUAAGAACUGGGACCAUAAUAUUGGGACUAUGGCAUUUGCUUGCCAAUCUCUUUGUUAUGUGCUUACUGGUCAUUGCCACUGUACAUCCAGAACUCCUGAAAGUUUUCCGAUCAUCCUCUCCUAUUGAGUUUGAUAGGUAUUUACUGAAAGAGGACCAAAACAAUUGGGAACCCUACAAGAAUGGACUGUUUGAUUCAAUAUGGAGGAGCAAAGAAGAUCUGUGUGUUGUCUAUGCCAUCACCCUCUGCUCUACAACAAUGUGUGUCCUCCUCAUCUAUGGUGCUGUUAAGAAUCGACCCGGAUACCUGAUUCCUUUCUUUGGUCUUCAGGUCUUUGACUUCUGUCUUAGCUGUCUGACUAUUGUUGGAUCUUCCCUCUUUACAACAAACAUUAAAGUGUGGCUCAAGGAACAAAGACUGGAUAACUGUCCUGGCUUCCAACGCCUAAUGGAGAUGGACAGUGAUCUUCAGAUGUUAUUGAUUGUCAUCUUCAUUGUGGUAUUCUUGCUUAUCAGGGCUUACUGUUUGGGAGUCAUCUGGUCUUGCUAUAAAUAUGCCCAGCUGGUAUCUGCAGGAAGGAACCUUAUUCGAGAAUACAGAGUGGACCCUGAUACUGAGAUGCUUCUGCCACCAAGCUAUGAAGAUGCCAUUAAGGUCCCGUUGUCAGAGCUGGCAGCCAUGUCACAUUCGUCUCAGCAGGUCCCACCUCCUCCUUAUAUGAUGUCUCUUGCUCCUGUUGUUGAUGCCUCUACAACCACCUCUGACGCUAGUAGUAGUAGUAGUACGCCAACAACCACCACUACUACUACUACAAACAGUGAUAAUGGUAAUUAGGGAGGUUGAUGAGUGUUCCAGAACAUGUGCAUACACAGUCUUACACGCAUUUGCACAAACACGCAAACACAUAACCACUGUAUAUAAAGAAUACAAACACUACACAUAGUAUAUAAAAUGCUCUCUCUCUCUUUCUUCCCGUAAUAUGCACCUAUUAAAUAUAGUAUAUGUAUACAAACAUGGUUGUACACACAGACGCACACAGUUUACACAUGCACACAUGUACAUAUUAUGUAUGUAAGCACAUGCACAGACACGCACAUGUAUAUACAUUGAUUAAACACACACACACACAUGUAUGUAUAUGCCUGUGUAUGAGCGACAUGUAUAGUGAUACAUCCAUCUAUACAUGUAUAUGCGUAUGUGUGAUCUACAUGUAUAGCUAUACACACACCUACAUAAACAUACACACCAGUUACAAGUAUAUAUAUGUGAUCUCUCUCUAAUAUAUUUCUCUGUAUAAAUAGACUUUCAAAAGCUCAAAAGAUGUGCUGGUCUCCUUAAUUACCAAAAUUACCUAUUCCCUUUUAACCAUUUGAUGACUGGUGUAAUUAGUUCAUCCACACCACACCCUCUCUACAAGUUCUCAUUUUUGAAAUUUUCUCUUCUGUGUCUUGUUACUGCGUCUUUGUGGUGGUGGUUUGUGUUGGGGUAGAGGGAUGGGUGAGGGAGUAUGUAGCACGUAGCUCGUAAUGGCGUCCAAACAAUUUCAAGUGUAUCUGCAUAUAUUGUGUGUGCAGCUCUGCUUGAAUAAAGCUGUCCUUAGCUAAGGUUCUGUAUAUUUUUUACUGUAUCCUCUUGUUUUGUUUUCUUAAAUUUAAUUUGUGUGAGUAUGUGUGUUUUCCAACAUAGAAGCUAACUGCCUGUUGGCUCUUUUUUUCUCCUCAUUUUAAAUAUGAUAGGUCGACAUAUUGGGAAGGAUUUGAUUUCAGCAUAGAGCUGGAUAAUGUUACUAGAUAGAAGCUGCUUUGAAAGCUAGUAUAGUGCCUGCUUUAAAGAGACUUUGAAAGUUUGUGGAGAUGUGCCUGUUAUAAUUGACUAGGCUCAGCAACUGCAGAGAAGGGGCCUUGCUGUUUCAUGGUGGUGAUGUGAUGAAGGUAAUAAUAAUUGAGGCAGUAAUGUUAAUGCUGCUGAUGAUUGUGAUAAUGCAGUGGUGUUGUUUUAUUAUGAAAGAGGGCACUAGAAGAAAUAGAAGUGUACCAGACUAAAUGACUUAUAAUAUUUAGUCUAAUUUCUCCACAUCAAUGAUAAUAAAUUUUUUUCAGAUUCUAAUUCUUUGGCUCUGCACAACAUUCCCAAUGUCCUUCAUCUUGUAACAUUAUUCUGAAGAUUGGCUCCAAGCAACACGUGUAAUUUAAAAAAGGCAGCAGUAAGCCCAUUGCUCCUGCUUUCCUAGAAAAUUCAUAACCUUCCCUGAAGCAAUCCUAUAAACUUUAUUCAUAGUGGCAAGAACUGCUUAUAAUGUUUACUGAAACUUAAGCCUGUAUUUGUAGUCUUUAAGUGAAAAUAGAUUAGCCUAUACCUUUCAUCUGUGGCCGAAGGGUGGCUGAGGCAUUAAAAUAAGCACCCAUGAUAUGAGGUUUGUUUAAUCAUGCUUACCAUUGCAUUCUUUUUCAGUAGAAGCAUUGAAAUAAAGCCCAGUAGGAUACUGAUGUUGGUUCAAACACCUAAAUGAAAAUAUGCCAUAUGCCUGAUGAAAAGAAAUCCCUGCGCAACCUGGACUCCCUACAUCACUUAUAGCAUCUAUCAGUAAACAGUAGCAUCACCUCGCAUAGUUAGUUGUUGCUUGGUUUCUUUGUUUGAUGAUGGUUUUCCUUUUUAAUGUUACUGUAGUUAGAAUUUUAGGAAGCGACAAUAAGUUUAAAAAAUUUUUUUUACUCUUUUGUAUAUGUCCUCUGUUCUUUGUUUCAUCUCCGCCUGUUCCUCUUCUACUAUCGUCUCCCCAUCUCUUCAGUUAUUCACAUUCCUUGGGUUACAUUUUGUAAUGUGUGGUCAUUGCUCUACUGGCCAUUGCCUCUUAUUCUUUAGCUUAUGUUUUCUAGUGCAUGGUCCUUGCUGCUCUGACCACACACACGCACGCACACACGCACACACAGCAUAUUCUUCAGAUAACUUUCUUUGCAACUGAGUAAUUUGCUUCUUUCACACCUAUUAAUGUGAACAUAACAAUGUGAUCUUCAUUUUUUAUGGAAUAAUUCUUGUUUCUGUAUCAUGUUUUAUUAUUGACUGUAUCCUGUUCUUUAAGGGGUUCUUCUGUAAUAGUGGCCUGAGUUGUACUGACCACAUCUUAUUCCUUGAGUCAUCUUUGUGAUGUAGUCUUUACUUCACUGACCACUGUGAUCACUAUGAUGUGGUCCUUGCUACAUUGGUGACACAUUCUUCAUUUUGUGGGUUUAUUAUUAAUUGGCAUUAUUUGCGAACACUACGGCUUGGUAGAAAUGCUGACAUGUUCAACAAAAUACAUCAGAAUAUUUGGUUACACCCCCACUUUCAUUCUGAGUUUAAAUCCCUACAAUGACUGGCUUUGUUUUCAUCUCUUUGUCUUUCAUCUCCUUAAUAAAAUAAGUACUAAUCAUAUACAGGGGAUCGACUCAUCUGUAUAAAUUUUCUUUCUUUCUUUCUUCAAUGUGAUCCUUAUUGCACUAACUAGUUCAGCAAAUUUCUGAAAUGAAUAUCUUGUGAUGUUAAUAUAGUUUUAUAUAUAUAAGGAUCUGUAAUUUUUUUUUAUAUAUAUAUAUUUUUUUCUAUUUAUAUUUUUCCCCUUGGUUUCUUAAAAAUGAUUUUUUUUCUUAUAUUCCAUUGUCAGGAAACAAUUUACAUAAAUUUUAAUCUGAUAAGGCUUCUACUGAUUGCCCAUCUUGAGAAUAUUAAAUAAAAUGAAAAUGUGUGUGGACUUAAGUAACCACAAUGGUGUUUGAAAAAACAAAAAAAAAAAGGAAAAGAAAAAAAAUGGUAUACUGUGCAUACAUGAAAUU